AUGCCAGCAGACAAAAAGAAGAGCGAAUGGGUGAUUCGCAUCCCCAAAUCAGACAAUGCCAGCGACUUCGUACUCGUGCAUGUAUCGUCUGCGAGUGGGAAGGCCGCCUUGGAUCUGAAAUUCAUUGCAACCGAAGGCGAGAAUCCAUAUGUAGGGUCAUUGCGACGAUCGCGUCUGAAAGACGUGCGCUCAAAGAACUUCCAAGGCACAGAGCAGGAGUUUGAGGAAGUCCUCUCCUCUGUGCUGAGAGUCGACCAUGCAGCAGAUCAGCCACAGCAGCAGCAUGCGGAAAUCGAGACGACGGCCUCUAUAAGAGAAGCCAGAGAAGGGAAAGAAGAAGAGGGGAAUAAUGAAUUGGUGAUUUCUAUCCGCAGGAGAAUAGACAGUAUCACUCAACGCGUCGCCUCAAUCACUCUAUACCAAAACGACGACCAAACCAUCGAACUCUUCGAAUGGAUGGGUCUCACGCUAUCUCUCACAGACAGACUCUCCCAACAACUAGCCACAUUAACAAGUCAACUCUCCACCGCCGAACAAUCAAUGCGAGACCUCAAAUCCAGCCUCGAAGACUUGACGGCCGCUAAAAAGGAGCAUGAGAAUCGACUCAUAUCCAAUUUUGCGCUUGUUCUUAAUGAGAAGAAGCGGAAGAUUAGGAAUCAGCAGCGGCUUUUGGAAGCGGCCAAGGUUGAUCCCGAGAAGGUGCGCGAGUUACAAGAAGCAAUUCGACACGACCAAGUCCAAAAAAGUCGACAAAACAAACGGAAAGCCGCCCAGAAGGACCAAGUAGACGAAGACUCCGAUGAAGAAGACGACUUUGAGAAAAUGGAUAUCGACAAACCCAAGGCCCGGAAACCAGCUGGAGAAGAAAAAGAAGAAGAAUUCGAAGAAAACGAUGAAGACGAAGAAAGACCAGAAACACCCCAACCACUAGAAGAAGAAGGAGAAACCGAAUCCGAGGCUGAAUCCCAAGUCGAAGAAGAUACAAAACCAGAUAAAAGGCCCAACCUGGCGAAUAAUGCUGCCGAGCCACCGCCGCCGAAAAGAGAUUUACCGUUUUUACGAAGGACCAAGAAUGACAACGAUAAGAAAAUACAUGGUGAUGUAGAAGCUGCUGAAGACGUCGGGGGAGUCACGGGAGGAGAAACGGAUGAUGACGAGUUGUGA